UGGACUCUCUUGUCGAGUCUCAAAGCACACAUGUUAUUACACACUGGAGAAAAAUUAAGCGAUAUGAGUGCAUGCAGUGAGUGUGGAAAGAAGUUUACUCACUCUGGUAAUCUACGUGUUCAUUUGAGAAUACACAGUGGAGAAAGACCAUAUGAAUGCAAUGAGUGUGGAAAGAAAUUUACUCAAUCUGGUCAUCUACAAAAACACAUGAGAAUACACACAAGAGAAAGACCAUAUGAAUGCAGUGAGUGUGGAACAAAAUUUGCUCAGUCUGGUAGUCUACAAAAACACAUGCGAGUACACACAGGAGAAAGACCAUAUGAAUGCAGUGAGUGUGGAAAGAAAUUUACUCGAUCUGGUGGUCUACGAAAACACAUGAGAAUACACACAGGGGAAAGACCAUAUGAAUGCAGUGAGUGUGGAGAUAAUUUUGCUCAAUGUAGCAAUCUACAUGUUCAUAUGAGAUUGCACACAGGAGAAACACCGUAUGAAUGCAAGGAGUGUGAAAAGAAGUUUAGUCACUCUAGCAGUCUAAAAGUUCAUAAUAUGAGAAUGCACACAGGAGAAAGGCCAUAUCUAAGAUCUCAAAGAAAAGAAAAAAAAUACCAUUGUGAACAUGGCGGAGAAUACUUUGAUGUUGCGGUAGUAGAUAGAAGACACCAGGAAGUUCAUACUCAAGAAGACACAAUUGCUCAAGAGCAUACAGAUUUUGUUUAG